UCUUGUUCCUUUUCCAUGGUACUACAGCCCGAUUCGAAUCUCAAUCACUCCUUCACGUCUAGUUGUGAUGUAGUGCUGAACAGUGACAUUACAAAGAAUGGAUCCGUAUCGUCGCCUCUCUUCCCCAGUCCAUAUCCAUCUCGCAGCUACUGCCGAUAUGACUUCCAGGGUCGUGGAAAAGAACGGGUUCAAAUCGUUUUCAGUGACUUCAACCUCUACCAUCCCUCAGAUAACUCGAAGGAGUGUGAAAGUAUCGACUCCUUGGUGGCAUAUGUGCAUAUUGAUGGUCGAAUGGAAAAAAUUGAUAACUUCUGUGGCAGCUCUGUGCCUAAGCCCCUUAUGUCAAAUGGCCCAAAACUGAUUUUGGAAUUCAGAGGGAUAUAUUCUUCAAGACAUUCCAGAGGUUUUAAAGCCACGUACAGUUUUACAGAAACAAUGAUGCAGGAUAACAAUGGUGGUGUUGCAGAUUUUGGAAUAACUUCAGGUCGCCAGUCCCCAGAAUUUCCGUGUGCAUUUGUGUUCAAUAGCAGUGAAACCCGCAAUGGCACAUUUGCAAGCCCCAACUUUCCCGGAUUCUAUCCUCGUGACACCGAGUGCCAUUACUUCUUUCAUGGCACUAAAACUGAGAAAGUUCACCUACACUUCAGUUACUUCGAUGUAGAAGGAGUCUUACCGUGUGAAGCUAUCUCAGCUAGUGACUAUGUUGAAUUUUCCAACUUCAUGGCAGAUGAUCGCAAGUACUCUCGGAAGUGUGGUCAGCUCAAAGAGUUUGACAUGGAGUCAGACCGUAAAUUCUUUAGGGUAACUUUUCGCUCCAAUGAUCGACUUGAUGGAACAGGCUUCAAUGCUACAUACCAGUUUCUGGAUGAAGUUGAUUCAUACACGCCCAAGCCUGUCCAGAAAAAUGUUGCCCCUAAAAUAGAUGGUGAGACAGGACACUUCUUACUGACUCUUCUGCUGUGUACUGCCCUGCUGUUGUUUAUAGCCAGAGGUUGAUAGGAAGUUCUUAGUCAGGAGUUGGGAUAACUAGGAAUUCAUUGGUGAAGCAUGUGCAUCUUCAUUGGGAGCAUCAGUGUGUUUUCUUCGAUAUUAUUACUACCAUAAUCAUUGGUGAACAGGAACUCUGGGAAUAGAACACAGGACAAUCAGAUUUUAAUAAGGAUACAUCCGUGGACACUAGAGUAAUAAAAUAAUGUUCUUUGUUUACAUAAGAAGAAUUGAUAUGAAAAUAGAGUGGCAGUAUUGUUUGCAUCUUUGUACAUACAUCUCUACACAAACAUAUGCACAUAAAACACCUACACUCAUUCACAAAAGAAUUUGUAUAUAGCAUAAUUAUAAUAAUAAUAAUACACUAAUUUACUCUACAAAAAAUUAUAUAUUGGGAGUUAAAUACUUCUCUAAUUUCUGCAACUCAUUAUUUAAGAUGUAAUCUGGCAAUAAACGUAAUUUUAAAUCUCAGUUACUGCUGUGAAAAAAAUACAGUACUUUAAAUCAGAUUGGUGAUGGAGCUAUGGACAGGAUUUCCCAUUACAAAUCAUUCAGAAAGGCUUAUAUGUUAUAGAUAUCUCAUUGAGAAAGACUGGAAUAAUAAUUUCUAUAGGGUUCAUUCUGAGUUUUUUGUUGUAUUCAGAAAAAAAUUUACAAAGAGAAAAUGUGAGAGAGGCUAAAUUUUCAAAGAUUUGGUGACUUAUUUCAUGUUUGGAAGAUUAAUAUAAAUGGACUUGGCAGGAGCUGUUUCAUGAAAUUGUCAGUCCAUGAUAAUUUGAUUUUGGUUAUGGGCCUGUUUAGGAAAAUCAACAAAUGAAAAUCUUGAUAGGUAGCUGUGGCUUUGUUUUUAUUAUUUAGUCACUUCAAAAUUAAUAGUAGAACUCUACUAGAUAAUUUUUGUAGAGUAGCAGAUGCUCGUCAAAGAAAACACUUGGUAACAACCAAUUGCACAAUUAUUUGUUACAAUUUUUAUUAUGGAUCAAGUGCAUAAGUAUAAUAUGCAACUUCAUUCGAGCAGUAGGUAAUCUGUUACACUGUGUUUGAUAUUGUGUCCAAGUGCAAUCAUCAACAUGUAGAAUGAAUGAUUAUGCAAAUGGCUAUAGUUCUAUUUUCUUAAUGUACAUUUCCCACAAAUAAAUCAUGAAACACUCUGUCCUGACAGCCAGCUCAGCACGUCAUGAUGCAUCAUGAAUCAAACUUGGUCAUAUAAAAAUAACUAUGACAUGUUUUUAAAAAAAAUCUCAGAUAAUAAAACAGUUAUAAACCCCA